AUGGACGUCGUGCCGGGUCCCGGAGACCAAGGCCGAGGAGCCGGAGCAGAAGGGGCAGCCUCCGUCGCCUCACUAAGGGGACGGCGAGGGUCCCCCCGACAACGCACCGAACCACGCACAAGGACUCGACCUUUUGGGGGAACAGGCGCCGACAGCGCCAUAAUAAUGCAGGAGCUACGCCACAGGGUCCAGAACCUGGAACGGCAACUGGCCGACCAAGAGCACGACCGCCGGACCACCGAUCCCAGCUACUCCCCAUCCCCUGAAAGCCAAGAGAGGGAUUCUCAUCGAAGCCGCCUACGACGCGCCUCAGCAUCCCGAACGGAAUUGGAGAGUACUCGUGAAGAAUCACCUAUUCCGAGAAGACGAAAUGACACAAUCAUCUACUCCCGGGGCAAGGAAACGCGCCGCUCGGGACGAGGUCGCGAAGAUGGGGAAGAGAGGUCCGAGAGGACACGGCAACCCGUGAUAAUGGGCGCCACCCCGUUCCACCGAUCUAUCCUCGAAGUCCGGUUGCCGAAGCACUUCGACAAACCAACGGACAUGAGGUACGAUGGAACUCAAGACCCCCUGGAACAUCUAACGGCCUUCGAAGCCAGGAUGAAUCUGGAGGGAGUAGGGGACGAGGUGAGAUGCCGAGCCUUCCCAGUAACUCUGGCAGGACCCGCGAUCAGAUGGUUUAACGGCCUCCCACAGGAGUCCAUCCAUAGGUUUUCGGACAUCAGCCGUGCUUUCCUAGCCCAAUUCACAACACGAAUAGCGAAGGCAAAGCACCCAAUCAACCUUCUGGGGAUAACCCAGAGACAAGGAGAGCUGACCAAAAAAUACCUGGACCGAUUUAACGACGAAUGCCUGGAAAUUGACGGCCUAACUGACUCCGUGGCCAGCCUCUGUCUGACUAACGGCCUCCUCAACGAAGACUUCCGAAAACACCUAACCACGAAACCGGUCUGGACGAUGCACGAAAUCCAAACGGUGGCUAAGGAAUAUAUAAAUGACGAGGAAGUCAGUCAGGUCGUAGCCGCCAACAAACGGCACUACGGCUACAACCAACCGAGGCAGCAGGGCAGUGGGGAGAGGCAGAAAGAACAGGCCAAAGAAGGAGGGCCGGGCAAAGCACCCAGACCAUUUCCCCGAAUCGGGAAGUUCACAAACUACACCCCGCUCUCCCUCCCCAUCGUGGAAGUUUACCAACAAAUAGCCGAGAGAGGGAUCUUGUCGAAGCCUCGACCACUCAAGGACCGUACGGGGGGAAACAAGAGCCUCUACUGUGACUACCACAAGGGCUAUGGCCACCAAACACAGGACUGUUUUGACCUGAGGGAUGCAUUAGAACAAGCCAUCAGGGACGGUAAACUUUCAGAAUUCUCCCAUCUUAUAAGGGAGCCGAGAAGGCGGCUUCAAGAUCAGGACGAAGAGGGGAAGGCCCGGUCGACAAAGCGACGACAAGAGCCAGAAGAAAAAGACCACGGGCUCACCGUGAUAAACGUAGUGACUGCCAAGAACGCGGCGCCAAGGUCAAGGUUGGCACACAAGAAAGACGCCAAGAUCAUGGCGGUCUCCGUCGCGCCAAUGCGAAACUCCAAAAAGCCCCCGUCUAUCUCAUUCGGCCCGGAAGAUCAGUGGUUCGACGAAGCCCCUGAAAACCCACCAAUGGUCAUUACGGCCAGGGUAGGAACAGGGCUCGUAAAGCGGAUCCUCGUUGACACGGGGGCAGACUCCAACAUCAUGUUCCGCAACAUGUUCGACGCCCUGGGAUUGAAGGAUGCCGACCUAUCAACUCACCAACACGGGGUCAUCGGAUUGGGCGACCACUUCAUCAAGCCAGAUGGAAUAAUAUCCCUGCCGAUCUCUGUGGGACAGGCCCACGGCCGAUGA